AAAUGGUAAAAUGGACUGUUUUUAUAGCGCCGUUCAGGUCUUUCUGACUACUCAAAGCGCUUCAGCAAUUCAGCGCCAUUGGGUUUGUGUUCUGUUAUUUUCUGCGUGUGAUUAGUUUGCUUUCCCUUCGGGUGUUUAACCGAGUCCGUGCGGGCUAAGAACUGGCUCGCACAGAUUACACGGCAGUUAAGCGAACUUUACGGUUACAGCAGGCGACGCUGUAACCAUGGAAACAGUCAAUCCCAGUCUGUGCGGGUCAGGUAGCUAACGAGGUGAACGCAAAAUGACAUCGAUACAGACAGACAUCUUCAGCUGCGUGCUGUCUGGGGACUUGGAAAGCAUGCAGGAGCAUUUUGAACGUGAGGGUGUCAAAGAGGAGUCGCGGGAAAAGGAUUUGUUCGGAAUGAAGGACGAGGUCGGGAGAAAUGCCAUGCUAACUGCCUGCGUGUUGGGAAGGAGCGCCAUCGUACGAGAACUGGUCGCACACGGAGCCCGGGUCGACGAGCAGACCGUCAGGGGUUAUUCCUCACUGCACCUCGCUGCGUGCUGGGGCCACCUGGAGACAGUUAGGACUCUGCUUGAACUGGGAGCUGACACGCAGCCCAGGACCUUCAGAGGGGAGAGGCCUGUAGACCUGGCCCGGAGAUACUCCAAGACAGACUGUGCUGACUGUCUCGUCCUGGCAGAAGCUAAACAGGACUUGAUGUCAUAUGUAGCCUUUGCUAAAGACCUUAUCUCUGACCCGGAGAGCAACCUCACAAAGGAGGAAAAGCUCGAGUGCUUUUCUUCACUAUGCGUUUGUGCACAGAACAUCUGCAUGCGUGCAUGCUCUGCCAAGUCAGACUGGAUUCAGAGUGUCAAAAACCCGACAGUCUCAGACUUCACAGCCCAAAGGAAAGACAUAGAGGACACUCUUCAGCCUAUUCUCAGCAAACUGUCGGCUCAGUUAGCUGUCAGACCAGCAGGAAAGGUCUAAAGCAGAAGAUGAUCUGUGCAAUGUCAGUGCUCCAAUAAAUGUCUGAAAACUGUAAAA